AUGAGGACAAUGGCGGGUUUUGUGAUUUUUUCGGUGGUGGUUGCGAGUUUAUUGGAGCAAGUUUUCGCGAUCAACUGUCUGAGUAUUAGCCUCGAGAAGAUAAUGAACUGCAAUGACUGUAUCCGAUGUGGAGGAUACUGGUGCAACAAACCUGGAGAGAAAAACGGUGAACACUGUUCAGCUCAUCGACACGACAACUGGUGUCCAGGCGUUGGAAACUUAGAAGAACUACCAGCUAUCGAGGAGACAAAGGAUAGUACUCCUGGAGAUAUUAUAAGUCCCAGACGAUAUGCUGUCACUGCGAAUGUGGACAAGCCUAGCCCCAGGAUUGAAUUCAUCUAUGAAUGGAGUAGCCAAACCAACCCUAAGGUUCACAUAACUGUAUUAAACACUACACAAACAGACAAGGUCCAAAUAUUCGAGAGUAAGACUGUUUGUACGAACGGAAAAUGCACAACACAAGUAAGCGUGAAACCUGAGACAAAUUUCUGUUUGCCCGACAGCGGCAAGUAUGAAUUUGUAAACAUGAACGUACGAGUGGAUAAUAUGACCGAGGAGGCUUCCGUGAAAUACCAUGUUCCCUGCGCUUGCGCAUGCAGCGACAAAGUUGAAAAGAGUUCGACAAUUUGCAAUAAAAACGGUGACUUCUCUUGUGGUGUCUGCAGUUGUAAAAGAGGAUGGUCAGGAGAAUUCUGCGAAAACAAGGAACAACCGAAAUGCGACGACCGUCGAGGUGAUCUCCAGUGCACAAAUCCUUAUAAAAAUGAUGUGGAGUGCUCGGGAAACGGCUACUGCGGUCCUUGCGACAGUUGCAUCUGUUACGACGAUAGAGAGGGCUAUCAGUACUUCCAGGCGGACAAUUACUGCGCAGACCUCUGCAUGAUCAUUGCCAAUGAAUGUGAGCCGUGUCUCCACGACAAACCCCACGGGAAAUGCCAAGAUUGUCCUUCUCUAACUAUUCAAGCUUUCAACCAAUCGCUGUUAGAAGAAAGAGACGACUAUAACAGAAAAGUGUGGGUGAAAUGUCAGGAAAAGAUUGAUGAGUGCAACUACGAUUAUGCAGCCAUGAAGAAUUCCAAUGAUGAGAUCUACGUGAUGAAAAUUAGUAAUUGCAAUGCUAUUAGCGAUGCGAUUGCUGGAGGGAAUGUGAACAUAAUGCUGCCUACCGUUCUUGGAGUGAUCGCGAUAGUAGCUGCGGCUACAGCAGUAGCCGGCUACAUGAUGUGGAAGUCUAAGAACGCGCCGCUGCCUCUCGCCUCCUCACAGUACCAAGAACUAGAGGGACCAGAAGGCAGCACUGGCAUUAACCCACUCUACAAGUCACCGACGUCUUCUUACAAUAAUCCAAUGUGGAAAGGUGCAAAGGUCUAG